AUUAUAAUAGCAACACCUGGAAGACUUCUUGAGAUCUUAAAGCAAAGUUCUGUUCAACUGCACAGCAUAAAAAUUGUAGUGGUGGAUGAAGUGGAUACCAUGCUAAAAAUGGGUUUCCAGCAGCAAGUGUUGGAUAUUUUGGAAGACAUGUCUCACGAUCAUCAAACCAUACUGGUGUCAGCCACAAUUCCUGUGGGCAUUGAACACUUAGCAAAUCAGCUUCUGCACAAUUUUGUAAGAAUAACAGUUGGAGAAAAGAAUCUGCCGUGUUCCAGUGUUCGCCAGAUUAUUUUGUGGGUAGAAGAACCAUCUAAAAAGAAAAAGCUGUUUGAAAUCCUAAAUGAUAAGAAGCUCUUCAAGCCUCCAGUGCUGGUGUUUGUGGACUGUAAGCUAGGAGCAGAUCUGCUGAGUGAUGCUGUUCAUAAGAUCACAGGACUGCAGUGUACAGCUAUGCAUUCUGAAAAGUCUCAGGUGGAAAGAACAGACAUAUUACAGGGAUUACUUCAAGAGAAGCAUGAAGUUAUAGUAAGUACUGGAGUCCUUGGACGAGGGCUUGACCUGGUCAAUGUCAAACUGGUAGUAAAUUUUGAUAUGCCUUCAAGUAUGGAUGAAUAUGUACAUCAGGUUGGAAGAGCAGGGAGGUUGGGUCACAGUGGAACUGCCAUUACUUUUAUCAAUAACAACAGCAAGAAGCUGUUCUGGGAUGUUGUGAAGAGAGUUAAACCAACAGGCACCAUUCUUCCCCCACAGCUGCUUAACUCCCCUUAUCUACAUGACCAAAAGAGAAGGGAACAACAGAGACUUAAACAACUGCAGAACAGCCUUGUAACAGGAGAUAAUAUUAUGGACAUUGUUAGAAAACACAACAAAAAUAAUUCUCAGAGGUAAUAAAGAUAGAUUUAUAGUUACGUAAUUGUAAUAAAGGUGUGAUUAAAAGUAAACAUGGAAUGAUGAUGCCUUCUGUAUUGCCUCUUCUAAUGCAGUUUUAUAUAUUCAUUUUUGUAAGGAGUUAAUUUGUCUCAUCUUUAUUGUGGCAGACAGACUAUUGUGUGUUUGAAUCACAGUAGUGCCUAGUAAAAGUCGCCUAUGUAACCCCUU